GCGCUCUGACCGAGUGCUACGACGAGCUGGGGAAUCGAUACCAGCUGCCGGUGUACUGCCUCUCCCCUCCCGUCAACAUGAUCGAAGAGCGCUCGGACGAGCCCGACGGCUCCGACCCGGACUCCGUGACGGCGGACCCAUCCACGGGCAGCGCCAGCGACCCCGUUCCCGGCGGCGAGUGCCAGCUGCGGCUCCGGCUCUCCACGGGCCGCGACCUGCGGCUGGCGGUGCGCUCCACGGACACGGUGGGCAUGAUGAAGCGUCGCCUGCAGAACCUGGAGGGCGUGCCGGCCGCCACGCAGCGCUGGUUUUUCUCAGGUCGGCCGCUGACGGACCGGCUGCGCUUGGACCAACUCAACAUUUCCAGGGACUACGUAGUUCAGGUGAUCCUAAGCCAGCGGCCCCCGCCGGAGCCCGCCCCGUCCCCCGGACACACAGCGGAGGCGUCCGGGCCAGCGGCGGAGGAAGGAGUGCCUGCCCUGCCUCAAGAGCCCACGCCGGUAGAGAAUUAAGCGAAGCCCGGGCCCCGUCGGCGUAAAGCGAUGACGAGGGGACGCAGCUGAAUUAAAGGCGACUCUCCUUCUCCCCUGUGUUCGUCCGUUGUCUUCGCCGAGAAGGGCUAAGUUAAGGCGGAGGAGCACAAAGACUCUUCUACGGAGAAAAGGCUCCUUGUUUUGGUUUUUACACGUUGAAAUUUGGACCUUUUUUUUUUUUAAGUCUUUUUAACUGUUCCUAUGGAAACCAAACUACAAAAGAAGAACUUUGUGAGAUGGUUACAAGGUUCGCUUCGCAGCCGAGAGGUCAAAGCGUCUCCAUGUUGGAAGUUCUGCUCACAGAGGGGGAGCGAAAAGCAGAUCUGUCUUUUUCAGGCUGCAGCGUCUGGCCUUCUGUCCUCGGUGCAGACGGCUGAGACGAAAGGGAGACAGUUCAACAAUCAAACGUUUUUAAUGCAUUAUAGCAACUAAUGGGGGUCACAUCUAAUCAUUUCAGUCAGGGUAGACGAGAAAGCUAACAACUGUGAUGAAACUGCUAAGAGAUUUUGUCUUUAGUAUUGUGAAGAGCCGGCAGUCUGGAAAUAAGGCCGGGGGCUGCUGCUGGAUUCAAGGCUUCACUUUGAUUCACUGAACAGUCAAAUUAAUCAUUUAGAAAAACAGUAAGGUUUGUGUGUGUAUGUGUGUUUGUGUGUGUGCGUGUGUGUGUGUGAGGAGGCUCCCAC